UACUAGUAGCACAAUUUGUCGCAACUCAAGUCGCCAAAUUGUCUGUCACCAUGGUAACGCAUCUCUUGUUCCAUGGGUAACUAGAACUAUUCCGGUUUUUCCCACAGUGAUGUGUAAUACAACCAAUUAAAAAAAUGUUCGAAAACUAUUAAAUGUUAUAUAAACAAUGGGUAAAGAUGAUGAUCCAGAUAUGGAAGAUUCGGAAAAACGUAAUAAUUUUAGUGAAAAUUGUUCAGAUGAAGUGACAAACACAACUUCAUCUGAAACAGAAAUUAAAAAUGAGGCCAGUCAAUUAUCAUGUGAUGAUGAAAAUUCACCGGGAAUGUAUGUUGAAUUGUUGAGUAUUGAAAAUGCAAUGAAAAUUGGUGUUGUCGAGAAAAGUUCGUUCGAUGAUGAUGAUGAUUGCGUGAAUAAACAUCGUACGUUAAGUAGACUUGCAAAUGGAUUAAAUACAAGUUUUAAUAGUGAUUGUGAUUUAUCAACUGAUAAUAAUUUUCAAUUUUUAAAAUGUAAUCAAAUUAAAAAUGGUGUUGAAUUAGAAACAAAUAAUGAUGAUUUAAUAUUUAAGACGGGACAGGAGUUAGAAGAGUGUGCAUGUGAUGAUUUGGCGGUAAAUUAUUUAAAUGCUGAUUUUAUUGAAAAUGAAGGAAUGUGGAGAUUGGAUUGGUUUAUUGAGAACACAUGUGAUGCUGCCAUGGCACCUGUCAAUCAAGAUGAUUUUAUUGUUCUUUGUUAUACAGAUACACAAGACGUAGCAGAUUGCAUAGAUCGUCAAGACUUACCAAUAAACACAUCUUGUAAAGGAAGUACCAUGUGGCUCUUGGACUUACAACAACCACAUUUUACACAUUCAGGUUGCAAUAAAUUAUUAUGUUUCCGUUAUUACAGUGGUGCAAAUUUAUCAUGUCUUGCUCAAACACAACCGCUCAUUAUAAAAGAGCCAAAAGAUGAAAUAGAAGAUAUUGCUCAUUUAGUAAAUAAACCAAGGAAAUUUGUUAAAAUCAAAAAUGGUAAAAUCAGCCCAGAAAAAAUAUGCUCAACAAAAAUGCAAAGUGAAAAUAAAUUAUUAGGAAUAGAUAAUACAGCAUUUUUAGAUACAGAAAAAAUUAUAGAAAAUAAAGUGAAAUCUAUAGAAAAUUUACAUGAAACAAUUGAAAAUAAUAGCGAAGAAAUUGAAUUAAAAAAUGAAUUAGCUGAUAAUACAAAUCCAUUAUUAUUAAAAACUCCUGAAGACGAUAAACCAUUUGCAGGUGUACGAAAAAAAUCAAAAAUAAAGAAUGACUCAGAUACAACGGAUAGUUGUUGUAGCACAUCAAAUGGUACAAAGAAAAAAAUACGUCAUAAUGGUAACUUAAAAUCACCUGGCGGUGAAUAUAUACCAAUCUGGAUGUCAAAUACCAAAGAAAUAGAUAAAAGUUACGGUUCUGUAUAUCCAUUACAGGAUAAUUCAGACGGUGAUGAUUCCUAUAGUUUAGAUAUUGCACCUCCUUUACCCCCACGAGCUUCAUUACAUAGACCAUUAGAACGUUCACACGCUUUUCCAGUUCCUCCAGUUGUUCCUCGACAUCAAAAGCCUAAAAAAACAAGCACAAAUCAAAAACCAGAGGAUACAUUUGGCUUUGAAAUGAUUGAUAUUGACGAACAAUUAACAAAAGUCGGACCAGAAAUGUUCCUUAUUACCAAUUCAAUAGCAGCACCUUUGGCUACACCAGAAACCGAUGGUAGUUUAUCAGAAUCAUUUCCCACACCUAAAAAGAAAUUAUUAAGUAAUCAAAACACCCCAAGGCAUGUACGAUCAAAAACAAUCGGUUGUGAUAAUUAUAUCACAACAGUUUUAGCAAAAUCAGCUAAAGAAUCAUUUAAUAAGUCGUUACCUAGUCAAGAAAUGUUAGACUCAUUAGAAAAUUCUUUAAGUAGUAAGUCAGUGGAAACGACUGACGAUGUUAAUCCACACAGGCCUUUAUCAAGACAAUUAUCACCAAAAAUAUCAACAGAAACGUCUGUUGUGACUGAAACCGAAGAAAAUUCCACACCAGAUCAAAAUACAGCCUCUUCGUCAUCAAAAAAUACACCAUUACAUCGUUCACCAUUAAAUCGGGCCCUUUCGAAUGCUUCAGAAAAAGUACAAACUCCAGUACAUGUAGCAUUGAAGCGAACACAGAGUUUAAAGCAAGAAAAUGAUGGAACACCAAUUCGGCCACAUCCAAGAGCAUUAACGCGAGUAACAGGUCAACAAUCACCAAUAUGUCCACCAACGCCAACACAUCAUGCCCGACGAAUGCGUGGCAAUCCAAUGGAUCUAAUGCGACCACCAAACUUAAAAUCAUAUGAUCGUCAAACAACACCAGAUUUCAAAAUUGAAGGACAAGAAAUUGUUACAUCACCAGAAAUUCGACAUGCUGAUAUUCGAUCAAUUGAUACGUUAGAUGGUUGGGCGACCGGUGAUAGUCGAAACGAUGAAACGAAUGGUGGUGGAAUCCCAGAUCAUGUAAUUUUACCAUCAAAAUUAAGCUUAUCACCAAAUGAAAUAAUCCAAUUAAAGAAGUCACCUAGUGAUACAACAAAUCAUGUGGAUUCUGUUGAUACUUGCAGUAGUCGUGGAUUACCAUUAAUGAAUAUCGAUACAAGAUCACCUGAUUUACGAUCAAAUGAUAUUGCUCGGCCAGUUUUAGAUAUUAGAACACGUGAUUUAAGACCAGAAUUUUCCUUACCUAGUGAAGCAGCGGCUACGGCAGCAGCUGCAUCAAGUACUUCUGGUGUAUUACUACCAUUAAGACAUAUACCAAGUACUAGAUUACCAUCAAUACCAGAACAACGAAAUAAUCGUGGACAUUCGACAUUGAUCGAUGCAGAACAUGAAGAACCACUCCCGCCAUCUUGGGAAGCAAGAAUGGAUAGUCAUGGAAGGAUAUUUUACAUUGAUCAUAUAAAUCGUACGACCACUUGGCAAAGACCUACAAGUAAUAUGAGUGAUGUCCGACAGCGUCCAAUUAGUAACGAUUUACAGAGACAACAGUUGGAUAGGCGGUAUCAAAGUAUUCGACGAACCAUUACAUCAAGACGUUUAUUAGAACCAUUAGAUGAUCAUAUUUUGCCGGCAACAUCUACAUCUUCUGGUGAACAUGCAUUGAAUAUUAGUACUGAAAUGAAAGAAUUGUCACCUUCAGUCAAAUUUUUAACAAGACCAGAUUUUUUUAACUUGUUACAUAUGAAUCAGGAGGCACUUGCAUUAUAUAAUCGUAAUGGUUCUUUAAAACAUAUGAUAUCGAAAAUUCGUCGAGAUACAUCAACAUUUGAACGUUACCAACACAAUCGUGAUUUAGUUACCCUAGUCAAUUUAUUUGCUGAUACACUCAGAGAUUUACCAAGAGGUUGGGAAACCAAAUUGGAUAAAAAUGGAAAGCAAUUCUUCAUUGAUCAUGGUACGAAACGAACAACAUUUAUGGAUCCUCGUGUGCCAACUGAUCCUCUUCACUUUCCACCUGCGCAUGGUCAAACUUCUUGUGUGCUUAGCACGGCAGUGGGACGACGGCUUGCUGCUAAUUUAACAGAUGAUACUGGGGCUCCAAUUCCACCACCAAGACCUCCAACAAGUUCAUCAUCACUUACAACACCUGAAAUACCAGUUGCCUAUAACGACAAAGUCGUUGCAUUUUUAAGGCAACCGAAUAUUUUGGAUAUUUUACGUGAACGUCAACCAGCUGUGGGAACAUCACAAGCAUUACGUGAUAAAAUUAAUUCGGUUCGAGUUGAAGGUACUGCUGCACUGGAUCGACUUAGCCAUGAUGUUCAACUUACAAUUCUAUUAAGCCUGUUUGAACAGGAGAUAAUGUCGUACAUUCCGGCUGUCUCGAAUAACACAAGUACAACAACAGCUAGUGGUGGUAGUGCAGCAGUAUUAGCAAGUGGACGAAGUCCACGAAAUUCACCGCAAGCAUCACCAGUUGCAUCACCUGGAUUAAGUCGACAUCGAGCACCAGCACCAUACCGUCGAGAUUUUGAAGCUAAAUUACGAAAUUUUUAUCGAAAAUUAGAAUCAAAAGGAUAUGGCCAAGGACCGGGAAAAUUAAAAUUACAUAUUCGACGAGAUCAUCUAUUAGAAGAUGCAUUUAGAAGAAUAAUGUCCGCAAGCAAAAAAGAAUUACAAAAGGGAAAAUUAGUUGUUACAUGGGAGCAAGAGGAAGGUCUGGAUUAUGGUGGACCAUCAAGAGAAUUUUUCUUUUUAUUAUCUAGAGAAUUAUUUAAUCCUUAUUAUGGUCUGUUUGAAUAUUCAGCUAAUGAUACUUACACCGUACAAGUUUCACCAAUGUCAGCUUUUGUAGACAAUCAUCAUGAUUGGUUCAGAUUUAGUGGCCGAGUAUUAGGUCUUGCAUUAGUACAUCAAUAUUUAUUAGACGCAUUCUUCACACGACCAUUUUACAAAGCAUUAUUACGUUUACCAGUAGCCUUAUCAGAUCUAGAAAGUUUAGAUUCUGAAUUUCAUCAAUCAUUGCAAUGGAUACGAGAGCAUGAUGUAUCUACAGCUGGCGAAUUAGAUUUAACAUUUGCCGUUACUGAAGAAUUAUUUGGUCAGGUUUUAGAACGCGAAUUGAAACCUGGUGGCCGAAAUAUGCCAGUAACAGAAAAGAAUAAAAAGGAAUAUUUAGAAAGAGUUGUAAGAUGGCGACUUGAACGUGGUGUAGCUGAACAAACUGAGUCAUUAGUUAGAGGUUUUUAUGAAGUUGUGGAUCCACGAUUAGUAUCAGUAUUUGAUGCUAGAGAAUUAGAACUUGUUAUUGCCGGUACAGCUGAAAUUGAUCUUUGUGAUUGGCGAAAUAAUACAGAAUAUCGAAGUGGUUAUCAUGAUCAACAUCCUGUUGUUCAAUGGUUUUGGCAAGCAAUCGAGAGAUUUUCAAAUGAACAAAGAUUACGAUUGCUUCAAUUUGUAACGGGAACUUCAAGUAUACCAUAUGAAGGAUUUUCUGCAUUACGUGGUUCAACUGGUCCACGGAAAUUUUGUAUUGAAAAAUGGGGUAAACCAAAUAGUCUACCGCGAGCGCAUACAUGCUUCAAUCGUUUAGAUUUACCACCAUAUCCUACGCCUGAAGUGUUAUACGAAAAAUUACUACUAGCCGUUGAAGAAACAAACACUUUUGGUAUAGAGUGAACAACAACAAUCACAUGUUCAUUACAAUAAAGUGAGAUGGUAGAUAUAUAUUCUUGUUAUGCUACAGUGUGGUGUAACAAACGAUAUGUUUGUAUUUGUUGUGUUUUAGCAACGAUGAAGUUUAAAAUGAGAAAAAAAUAAGUAUUAACUUUUAUUUUGUCGAAUAAUUCGUUAACAAAAUUCUUCUUUAACUGUUAUUCAAUCAAAUUGUGAUUUAAAAAACGAAAGCUUUUCAUCAAUUCUUUUUACGUUAACUUAACUGAAGUGAAUGAAAUUUAUCUUCAAGUUUGAAACAAAUUCUACGAAUUCUAUAAUUUGAAUUUAAUUCAAUAGUUUACCAUAAUUAAAUAUAUAUCCCUUCAGACUGGUCGUUUCGUGUCACAAUCAUUACCCUUGUGAUGAGAGAGAAACUCACGCUAGAAGAUACAAAAAUUUUUAAAUGAUCGUUCCAUUUGAAGUUUAAAAAAAACAUUUUAAAAUAAGCGUAAGAUAAUCUCUCUCACAACCGUUCCGAAGGAAUGUUCAAAGUGUACAAAAAUAGGCGUUUUAGGAGUCAUAAAGCAUACGAGUAAGGCAUCAAAGUAUACUUAAAAUUUUGUAAAAUACGACAACAACUCAAAAUGUAGAUCAAAGGUCGUUUUUUAUUUAACAUUUAAAAAAUCGAGUAGUCAAAUAUUAUUAAUUCAAGAAAAGUUAUAUUUUGCAAAGCUUUCAUCCGCUUUGAGUCUACUUUUGAUGUAACUUUUUUUUUGCAGUUUUAUUCGUUGUGUGCGUAAUCAUGGUAGGGACAAUAAAAUAGUUAUCGUUACCAUGGAAACGUCUCCAAUAAAACUCACGCACAGUGCGAAUAGACUCCUAAAAUGUAUGUACUUUAAAAAGAAUAAAAAUGGUAAACUUAACAUUUAUGAGAAAAAUUGUUUAUAUAUUAAAACAUUAUUCGUGACAAACAUUAAAUUUUAUUUAUUAUAUAUUUAUUUGCCAGUUGAAUAAAAAGCCAGUAAAAAAAACUAUUUGUGAAAUACUCAAAAUUACUUGGACCGUCCUUGGUUGAAUUGGUACACGCGCAUAUUUAUUUAAAUUGAUAGUUUUCGUUAAAAAUUCUGAAUUGUUUUAUGAAAUAUUAAAACUUGAAGUUUUUGAGUUCUCUGAAUACAGCCAUUUAUAUAAUAAUAUUAAACAUUUUCAAAUUCGACUUGAAAUAUUUGACAAA